AUGUCAGCGAAGACAGCUCUCUUCUACAACACCCUGUCGAGUAUUCUCUGCGCCGCUGGAAUGGUUCUUGGAGUGCUUCUAGGCUCAAUGCCCACCGUCAAUCUCUGGCUCCUCCUUCUUACGGCUGGCAUGUUUGUCUACAUUGCUCUGGUCGAUAUGAUGCCGGAAUUGACCACAAGUCGAAUGCAUGGUUAUCGAACUUGCCACUUGCCUACAGUUCUAUUUUUCUGGCAAAAUGUGGGAAUGGUAAUUGGUGUCGUCAUUAUGCUGUUGAUAGCAAAAUUCGAGAAGCAAAUGCCUAAUACUUUUUAA